AGGAUCCUAACGCGUGACCUGGGAAUGUCACGUGACAUCGUGACGUCGCAUCUCCCAUAGAACACCGGGUAACAUGGCGGCUCACGUGGAGGUCCCUGCACUAGAGGCAGAAGAGAAAAGUUUUCGAGAUUUGGGCGUAACCGAAGUUUUAUGUGAAACAUGUGAACAGCUAGGAUGGAAGCAACCAACGAAAAUUCAAAUAGAGGCUAUUCCUGUGGCCCUUCAGGGUCGCGACAUCAUUGGUCUGGCUGAGACUGGUUCAGGAAAGACCGGAGCUUUUGCAUUACCUAUUCUUCAGACAUUGCUGGAAAACCCCCAGAGGCUUUAUGCCUUGGUUCUCACACCAACAAGAGAAUUAGCAUUUCAGAUUUCGGAACAGUUUGAGGCGCUGGGUUCCUCCAUUGGCGUCAAGAGUGCGGUUAUCGUUGGUGGAAUUGAUAUGAUGUCCCAAGCCCUGGCACUAGCAAAGAAGCCUCAUGUCGUAAUUGCCACACCAGGGCGCCUGAUUGACCAUCUUGAAAACACAAAAGGAUUUAAUCUUCGAGCCAUUAAGUACUUAGUGAUGGAUGAAGCUGAUCGUAUACUGAACAUGGAUUUUGAAACAGAGGUUGACAAAAUCCUCAAAGUUAUUCCUCGUGAUCGCAAGACCUUUCUUUUCUCUGCCACAAUGACAAAAAAGGUGCAAAAACUUCAACGUGCUGCUUUAAGAGACCCGGUGAAAUGUGCAGUGUCCUCGAAGUAUCAAACAGUAGAAAAGCUGCAGCAGUAUUAUAUUUUCAUCCCUUCAAAGUUCAAGGACAGCUAUCUUGUGUACAUCUUGAAUGAACUAGCAGGGAAUUCUUUCAUGAUCUUCUGCAGCACAUGUAACAAUACGCAGCGUGUUGCUCUCUUGCUGCGUAAUCUUGGAUUCACUGCCAUUCCCCUGCAUGGCCAAAUGAGUCAGAAUAAAAGGCUUGGUUCUCUGAACAAGUUUAAGGCAAAAUCCCGUUCAAUUCUCCUGGCCACUGAUGUUGCAAGUCGAGGGCUUGAUAUUCCACAUGUGGAUGUUGUUAUGAAUUUUGACAUUCCAACACAUUCUAAGGAUUACAUACACAGAGUAGGCAGAACAGCUCGUGCUGGAAGAUCUGGAAAAGCUAUUACUUUUGUAACACAGUAUGAUGUGGAGCUGUUUCAAAGAAUAGAACAUCUGAUUGGUAAAAAGCUUCCAGCCUUUUCUACCCAAGAAGAGGAAGUAAUGAUGUUAAAUGAAAGAGUAUCCGAGGCUCAGAGAUUCGCUCGCAUAGAACUAAGAGAACAAGGAGAAAAGAAAAAACGACCUCGGGAUGAGGAAACAGAUGAUGCUGAAGGUUCUUUGGGAGUGAGAAAAAAAGUUGCAGGAGGAAAAUUCAAAAAGAAGGUCCACUGAAAAGUGAAAAAAGGCUAAAACUUGUAAAUAAACAUCAUUGUUCUUCAAGAAUGAAAUCUGUCAGAACAAUUCCAGUAUUGGGCACCUUCUUAUUAU